UCUGGCAGCGAUGCUUUGACAGCGGCGCCGAGCAGAGCUGGGAGGAGUCCGCCCAGCGCAGGCAGGAAACAGUGAAGAGCCCUUCCCAUCACCUGGGAAAGCCACCCCUUUGAUUCCUGCCCGGGCGCCAGCAUGCUGCAGCUCACCAGGGACAAAGGGAAGCGGAUCCGCUGCUAGCCUCCUGCCUGCGCUUCGUUUUCGGCCGCAGCGGUUGCUGGGACCUCGACGCGCCCUGGGACAUGCGCGCUUUGGGAUUAAAAGUGGUGUUUCCCCCCUGGGAACAGAUUUGUCCCCCCGUUUCUUCUCUAAUUGUGGGGUUUAGAUGCGCAAGAAGUUAUCCGAGAGGAGCAGUUAUCUUGAUAAGCUACAAAAUAUGUCUAUUAGAGGAUUGAAGAAGAAACAACCAAAGACUUUUAAAGUCAAAGUUGUAACAAUGGAUGCUGAAAUGGAGUUCAGCUGUGAGAUAAAGUGGAAGGGAAAGGACUUAUUUGACCUGGUUUGUCGAGCAUUAGGGCUAAGAGAGACGUGGUUCUUUGGCUUGCAAUAUACAAUAAAAGGAAUGUGCACUUGGUUAAAGAUGGAUAAAAAGGUUUUAGAUCAAGAAAUCCCCAAAGAAGACCCAAUUAGUUUCCGGUUUUUAGCUAAAUUUUACCCUGAAAAAGUGGAAGAGGAGCUAUUGCAAGAAAUCACGCAGCACCUCUUCUUCCUGCAGGUUAAGAAACAAAUAUUGGAUGAAGAAAUCUACUGCUCUCCAGAGGCUACAGUUUUACUGGCUUCGUAUGCUGUUCAAGCUAAGUACGGUGACUAUGAUCCAAAUUUCCACGAACCUGGCUUUUUGGCCAAUGAUGAGCUGUUACCCAAAAGAGUUCUCAGGCAAUAUCAGCUGACGGCAGAAAUGUGGGAAGAGAAGAUUACAGCUUGGUAUGCAGAACACAGGGGCAUUGCCAGGGAUGAAGCGGAGAUGAACUAUUUGAAAAUUGCACAAGACUUGGAGAUGUAUGGUGUCAAUUAUUUUCCCAUUGCUCAAAGUAAGAACCAUACAGAUCUCCUCCUUGGAGUUGAUGCCAAAGGUAUUCAUAUCUACAGCAUAAAUAACAGGUUCUCUCCAAAUAAGUCUUUUGAGUGGAGUGCUAUCAGAAACAUUUCCUAUAGUGAGAAAGAGUUGACGAUUAAACCCCUUGACAAAAAGGCAGAAGUUUUCAAGUUCUUUUCCUCACAGCUCAAAGUAAAUAAACUGAUUUUGCAGCUGUGCAUUGGAAACCAUGAUCUGUUUAUGAGGAGGAGGAAAGUGGACUCGAUAGAGAUCCAGCAAAUGAAAGCACAGGCCAGGGAGGAAAAGGCUAGAAAAAAGAUGGAGAACCAGAGGCUAGCCAGGGAGAAGCAGCUGAGAGAAGAAGCAGAGCGAGCCAAAGAAGAGUUGGAAAGGCGUCUCUUCCAGCUGGAAGAUGAAGCCAGGCAAGCCAAUGAAGCACUACUCCACUCCCAGGAAGCAGCAGAGCUGCUGGCUGAGAAAGCACAGAUUGCAGAAGACGAGGCCAAACUGCUGGCCCAGAGUGCUGCAGAAGCUGAACAAGAGCGGCAGAGGCUGGAGAUCACAGCGCUGAAAACCAAGGAGGAGAAGCGGUUGAUGGAGCAGAAGAUGCGGGAGGCGGAGCUCAUUGCAGUGAAGCUGGUGAAAGAGUCAGACCGAAGAGCCAAAGAAGCUGAACAUCUCAAACAGGAUCUGCACGAAGCCAGGGAAGCGGAACGGAAAGCAAAGCAGAAACUCUUGGAUGUAACCCGGCUGAAUUAUCCUCAUGUAGCCCGAUAUCCUCAUCACUCGCCUGCUGACACCAGAGAUGUCAACUUUGACAAGGGAUCUGUAAAGUUGGAUUUAAAAGACAUAGACCUGAAGAGACUGUCCUUUGAGAUAGAAAGAGAGAGGUUAGAUUACUUAGACAAGAGCAAAAGAUUUGAAGAUCGAUUGAAGGAACUGAAGUCAGAAAUCCGUGCUCUGAAGCUGGAGGAAAAACAAACUGGGCUCUACUCUCAUUGGAACGAAGUUCUUGGAUCCUUGGAUUGUUCCUUAGGACAUGUCCCGUCAUGGAUGAAAACCUUUGAAGCUGUGGAUUCGUUGGAUAUAAAUUUUCAGAGGCCUUUCCCUGCUUACCCGCUAAAUGCUACAAGCAGCUGGCCAUGUACUAACAAAAAUCAAUGUAUGGAGCCCAUGGGAAAGUCACCUUUUCAAACAGAUACCUUGGUUGCCAGCAACGUGGGCACAGGAACUAGAAAACAGAUUGUAAAGGUUCAGCAACACGAUUCAGAUGUGAUCUACAUUUAAAACAUCUUGACAGUUUGGUAAUGCUUUCCCAAAGAGGUGAAUAGGCAAAACUUUGUGAUGAUGCAUUUGCCUGACAAGAAAAGAAAGAUUUAUGCAAGAACAUGUUGUAGUUCUAGCUGCUGAAAUACAUCAGCAUAAAAUAUGUUGUGUAGUGACAGCAUGGUGCUGUGCACCUUCUAAACAAGCAGCAUAUGCUGCUUAUAUUAAAAAUGUCAAUGGGAUAUAAUAAGCAUUUUUGCAAACAAGCAAAACAGAGGAGCCAAACUGCAUCUUGUUUACUUUUCACGCACUUUGCAAGGAAACACUUUAUGCUUGAGGUCUUUUAUCCUAAAAUGUUUUGAAAGCUGAUGGACACAAUACUGAUGAAAUGCCAGACCCGUAAAUGAAGUGUGGAAGACAACAGCAUCUAGCACGCUGGUGGAAAGAGAGAUUUGGACCGGAGAAUCAAGGGAAAACACCCUGCAUUUACAAAAAUGCAGUAGGAUCUCAGUGUUUAUGUGGCAUCCAGGACUUCAGUUUUAAAUCUUAUCAAUUGGGCCCGGCCCUGAUACUGCUCAAAUACGUAUGCUAUACCAGUCUAACCUUCACAAACAUAACUGUUCACAUACUUAAGAUUCUGUUGGGACCUUUUCCUCCCCGUUUGUUCACAGAUCUCUUACGUUGAUCAAUCCUGGAUGCAGGAUAAAUCCUUAGUGUGGAAGCAUGAGGCUUCUGUUAUUUUUGUGUUGAGAGCAGUUUAGUUGCUCACGCUUGUCUGCUGCGUAACUGAAUAGUUCUGUGGAAGCUACUCAGAAAGUGCUAGAGACAAAGGGCACCCAUUAGUGUCUGCUAAAGAUGGACUCAUGUCUGAUGGACUGUAAAAUAUGGCAUAUGCAACAAAGCACCUCCUUUCUUUUCAGUGGAACCAAUCAGUACUUUCAGAUUCUGUGCAUCAAAAGUAUAUUUAACUGAGAACUCUUCCAACUGCCGAAGUCUGGAAAAGACGAUAAUAUACUUGUUACUGAAAGUGUCUGCAAGACCAUAAAGUAAAAACAGAUGUUAAUGUUCGUAACUAGAGUCCUAAAAACCGAAAUUAAAAAAAAAAAAAAAUCAGAAAUGUUUAAAAA